AUGCACAAAGGAUACAAGAAGACGAACAGGAACGAGUCGAACAAGAACGCAUCGACGAAGAAGAUGCCGCACACAAAGGAGGAAAGGAAGAAGAAUAAACAUAAGUAUAUUCCAAUCCUGGACACGGGCAUUCCAGACGAACCGUCUGUCACACCUUGCUCAGCAUGUCCUCGCUUUCUAGUUGCCUUGGAAGAAGCGAACUGGCCGGAAGAUCGAAUCAGAAUGAUGGCACUGUUCUGGAGGAAUAUACAAGUGCACAAGUAUCGUUCUUUGCGAGAUCCAAUAGCGCAAAAGACUCUUUUGGUCUAUCAGGCCGAGCAAUGCAGACACUGGCAUGUAGCAGCGAAAUCCUCGACAGGACCAUAUAACAUUUCGACGGUUAAUGAAAAAGUACUGGCAGACACGAGGGAGAAAGUAUACUGGGAAGAACGGCUCAAGAGAGACAACGCGCGCGAUUAUAAGGUCAGUUUAUAA